GCUCCCGCUCGCUCUCCCUGCCGCCCCCGUCGCGCCUGGGCAGGCAUGGUGUUCCGCGGCCUGUCCGGCAACGGCAGGCCCGACGGCUGGCUGGAGCUGCCGGGCAGCGGCGCCUGGAUGCCCCUGGCGCCUACUGCUGGCGCCGCCUCGGGGGACGGCGGAGGCGCGCGGGGCAGCGGCGGAGGCCCCGAGCUGCUGGGCGGCCUGGCCGAGGUGCGCCUCGGCGCGCUGGCGCUUGGGCUGCUCUGGUCCCUCCAGCGCCUCCUCCCGAGCUCCCAGCCCUCCGAGGUGCAGACGGUGACGCCGACGCGGCUGGUCAGGCGGUGGCUGCGCAUCGGCGUCCACGAGGUGGAUGCGGAUGACUUGCGGCGGCUGCGCGAGAUCGAAGAGCCCCGCGUACGCUCGAUGGUGGAGGAGAUGGUGCGCGGCAGGCUUGGGGACGAGCGCUUCGGCGCGGUGCUGGACCAAGCGCUGGAGGAGAGGCGCCUCCGGGAGCGGCGCAUCCUCCAGGCGCGGGGCUUCUUCUCCACACCGAACGGUAUCGUCUGGCGCGUAGCCCCCUCGGGCGUGGCGAGCGGGCUGGCACCGGACGGCAGCAAGCUGCGCGACAAGGUGAAGGUGUCGGAGGACGACAAGAUCGAGCUGGGGCCCUUCCGCCUGGACGAGUCGAAGACCUGCAGCUGCAUCCACUGGCACCGCAAGGACGACCCUGCCAAGGGCUGGGUCUGGGCGAAGGACAACACUUUGCAGACUAGGCUGCGCAUCGGCACGGCCUUCCCCGGCGGCAGAUGACCCAUCGCCUGCCGCUGUUUGUGAGGAGGCCGGGCAAGGUGAGCGGCACGUCCUCCUCCCUGUCCUCCUGCUCCUCGUGCGUCCUUCCCUUCCCCCCUCCUCGACCUCGCAGGAGAAGCCUGGCCGUGCCCGCGCCCCCGCCCGUCCCCUUGCCGUCCCCUCGCCGCCGCAGCCGUGGCCGUGCUCGGCCGCUCCCUCGAGCCUGCUGGGGAGAUCGCGGCCGGUCGGAGG